AGAGGGAGGUUUCCACUCCAGCGAACAGCACAGAAAGAGCAGAGAGAGUGAGAAGAAGAGCUGUUCUGACUGGCGGAGAAUAGCUUCAUUUAACACACAAUAAAAGAGCGAAGGACUCCGGGGAAAGUGAAAUGUCAGCGCGGAUAUUUGGAGGAAACAACAGAUUUAUCGCUUCAUCUCUUUGUUUCUAAUUCAAAAGUUUAUCCAAGGAUCUGCAGUAAAGAGACAAAAAGUAAAAAAGUCUGAAAGAAGCAGCAAAUCGAAGUUUUGAGGAGGAAUCACUGGAAUCCAUUCCAAGCUUAUUUUUCAGUUUUCUGUUGGAUAAAGAUGCCAGAGAAGAAGAUCGGAAGUCCAGGGAUGACCAUCUUCAGUCCGUAUCGGGUGGUCGCUGCAGUAGCCGUGAUCUUGAUCAUACUGGGGGGUCUGGGAGCCGCCAUCUGGGCCCUUGUCACGUAUCUUAGAACAACAGAAGAUACUGGAUUAUUUGAUGUGCAGGUGAGUGCAGCUGACCAGAGGCUGAGAGUGUUCGACUCCACCCAGCGGAGGUGGAGACACGUCUGCUCAUCCAGCGUCAACCAGCUCGUCGCCAACAUCAGCUGUGAGGAGAUGGGCUUCAUCAGAGCAGUAAAUUUCUCAGUGACAUGUGCUCCUGACAAUGGCGGUGACCGAGAUUUCUUCUGCGUGAAAGAUAGUGAGUUAACAUAUGGGAAGAAGAUAAAAACAUCCCUCUAUCCUUGUAAAUGUGACAAAGGUCAGAUACUAGAGGUGAUUUGUCAGGACUGUGGUCGUCGUAUGCUGCCUGAAGAGCGGAUUGUGGGGGGAGUCGACGCUCGCCAGGGUUCGUGGCCGUGGCAGGUCAGCUUACAGUAUGAUGGAGUUCACCAGUGCGGUGGAUCCAUCAUUUCCGAUCGCUGGAUUGUCAGUGCUGCACACUGCUUUCCUGAGAGGUAUCGUCAUGUGUCACGCUGGCGGGUUCUGAUGGGAUCGAUCUACAACACUCCCAUCCGUAAGAACGUUGUGAUCGCUGAGGUGAAGACUGUUGUCUACCACAGCAGCUACCUGCCAUUCGUCGACGCCAACAUUGAUGACAACAGUCGUGACAUUGCAGUCCUGGCACUGACAAAACCUCUGCAGUUUACUGAUUAUAUCCAGCCAGUGUGUCUUCCUACCUACGGCCAGCGUUUGGCGGAUGGGCAGAUAGGUACAGUAACCGGCUGGGGUAACAUGGAGUAUUACGGCACUCAAGCCAACGUCCUCCAGGAAGCCAAUGUGCCCAUCAUCAGCGAUACUGUGUGCAACGGUCCUGAUUACUACGACAACCAGGUCACCACCACCAUGUUCUGUGCCGGUUAUGAGAAGGGAGGGACCGACUCCUGCCAGGGGGACAGUGGUGGUCCUUUUGUAGCAGCGGAUGUCCUUUCUAAGACCAGCCGCUACCGUCUGUUGGGGGUGGUAAGCUGGGGCACAGGCUGCGCCAUGGCCAAAAAGCCCGGCGUCUACACCCGUGUGUCACGCUUUCUGCCCUGGAUUUCUACAGCCAUGAGGAUGUAUGAGAAUUCCCCAGGAGUGCACAAAAUGGCACGGGCGGUUACACCAUAGCCAUUUAAAGUGGAAAAAUGUUUUAUAUGAGACUGAAAUAUUGCCCGUUGAGGUCAGAUUUGUUGCUCGGAUCUGUGACUGAGAUCAGACGUCUGAUGUUGAUCAGAUGUUGUGUGAUGAUCAACCUGUCUCAAGGACAAAUAUCUUUCGCAAAUAUCUGACUCAUGGAGGUCAAGAACCAUUUCUGAUGCUGUACUUUGAGUUUAUGAACACAUCUGUAGGCAAUUACCAUAAAAUACGGUACGGUAAUUAUAUAUAUAUAUAUAUAUAUAUAUAUAUAUAAAUAGUUUUUAUUGACCCUACAAGUUCGAUUAAACCAGCAAAAUAUGAGGAAAAUAUUAAUUUUUUUUUAAAAUAUAAUGAUGAGGGCAGAUCAAAACACUUGGUUAAGGUAUUUAGCCUUGGACAAAAUUAUUUGACAAAAAAAGGCAAACUACAGCUACAGGUUUUAAUAUGCAACAGGAUGCAAAGAAAAACAAAAAAAGCUCAAAGUAAGAAACAAACAUUGACUACAACAUAACCAAUUCUUAAUAUUUCAUUGGUUCUCACUUGUUUUUGCAUGUGUUCAUAAUUUCUUUGUAUGACAGCCUGGCCAAAAAUUAUGUCCGCACAAUUUUAUUGCGUUAUCAGAAAUAAAACAGUUGACUCCAAACACAACUACGCAAUAUGCUUACAAAAUCUUAAUUUUUUAUAAUAUUUGAAUGAAGGGUGAAGAUGUCAAUUUUCCUAGGCUGGACAUCAAUUUUUAUUUAUUAUUUCAUUUAUAUGUUUGUAUAUAUAUAUAUAUAUAUAUAUAUACACACACACACACACACAAAAUAACAUAUAAAUGAAAUAAUAAAUAUUUUUGUAAAACAUUCAAGGAUAUUUUUCAUCCUACUUUAUUGCAGGUUUGUACAGUGUGUUUGGUACCAAGAAUUAUAUAUAUAUAUAUAUGGUAAUGUUCAGCUGUAGUCAGAUUAAAAUUUAAAAAAAAAUUUUUUUUUAAAUUUCUCUUAAUUUAAGUAAUAAAAUAGUGUACAAACAACAUAAUAUAGACUCCAGACAGCAAGAAAAAUACCAUUUAUCUGAUCACAAUCCUAAAUCUUACAAGGACUUUAUCUUAAUCUACAGUAUUUAUCUCAAUUUUGUUUACUGGCAGCACAGGUACAGUACAGUAUAUGCAUAUGAAUAGACAUAUAAGUCAAAUCUUUAAUACAUGAACUUAUGAGUAGGAUUUUACUGAAUAAUACAGGCCUCUGUGAAAUGUGCCAUGAUUAAAUAUGCACUUAAAGGAUUAGUUCACUUUCAAAUGAAAAUUAGCCCAAGCUUUACUCACCCCCAAGCCAUCCUAGGUGUAUAUGACUCUCUUCUUUCUGAUGAAAACAAUCGGAGAAAUAUUAACAAAUAUCCUGACGCAUCCGAGCUUUAUAAUGGCAGUGAAUGGGGGUCACUAGUAUGAGCUGAAGAAAGUGCCUCCAUCUACAUCCAUCCAUCAUAAACAUGUACUCCACACAGCUCCGGGGGGUUAAUGAAGGCCUUCUGAAGCGAAGCGAUGUGUUUGUGUAAAAAUGGAUGGAUGCACUUUCUUCAGCUCAUACUAGUGACCCCCAUUCACUGCCAUUAUAAAGCUUGGAUGCAUCAGGAUAUUUAUUAAUAUUUCUCUGACUGUUUUCAUCAGAAAGAAGAGAGUCAUAUACACCUAGGAUGGCUUGAGGGUGAGUAAAGCUUGGGGUAAAUUUCAUUUGAAAGUGAACUAAUCCUUUAACUAGGUUUUGUAAAUUGAAAUGGCCAACGCAGUGACAUUUGAAAAUGUUUCAUGAAAACUACACACUUUAUGUAUUUUACAUGUAUUUUAUUUUAUUUUCUCUUUUGUCUUAAAAGAUGGGUUAAGCAUUGAUAAUAUACAAACCAAAGACUGGUUUAGAGAACAGUAUGAAUAAACUCAUUGCUGUGGCAGUCAGUAUUGUUGCAUACAUUGAUGUACAUAUAUGAAUAGCUUCUUUACUAUGCAAUGCACUGUUUAAUUCAAGUUUGUCUAAUUUGUAUGUUAAGCUGCUAUAUUGUUAUCCAGAUUUUGUACCAUAACCUUCUGAAUAACAUUUUGUAGUAAUUUAGUAAGCCUGUUGAAUAGACACUAAAAGUCAAACAAGACAAUUUAGCUUUUAUUCUAUGUAUAUGCUUAUUUUUCUGUUUUUGUUCAUGAAAGUAGCUGAUAUGAAUAUAUGUACAAUAUAGAAGUUCUGACUUUUGACAUACAGUAAUCUGACUGCUUUUUCUUUUCAAUUCUUUAAGCAAAAUCUAAAUGUUGCCCUUUAAUAUAUGCAUUUUAAAUACUGAAAUAAAGACAUAAUUUUUUAAUAAAAAACAGUAAUAA